AUGGUAGGAUUCGGCGCACUCCCGCCCCGGCCCGCGAAAUCCGUGACACCAUUGGCCUUGUGGCAGUUGGACGAGGAAAACCCCACGAACGCGGCCCAUGCCAGGCGGAAUGGCCAUCGAGGAGGACCGACUUUGGCACCGCAUGUGAACGUCUCGCCUUUACAUGCGGCUCUCCUCCCCCCCUCGAGCUUAGCAUCUGUUGGCGCAAUCCGCAAUGGCGCAGAAGUAAGCUCCUUCCAACUGCCCGUUGCACCUGCUACCCCCCAGCUCGUUCCACCGCCUGUUACUGCGUUUACUGGGAAGGCGGGCAAACACAUCCUGGUUGAGGUGUCGGACGGAGAUGACACCAGAUCCGGCGAGGUGGAUAGGGUAACAACCCUGGUCAUGCACAAGCGCGUCCGGAGGACCGCAGAUGCCGGUGGUUUCGGCGUUGGCGUUGAGGAGGCCACAAUGCGUGAAACCGCCAUCCUCAUACAUGUGGAAGAGCUUGACGGUGCGAUUGCAAGCCACGAACCAGCGCAUGGGGCACGGAGCACUCGCGCUCAUGACACUGACGUCCACGACGACCUUGAGGCACUCAGCGAUGGCAGUGACCUCACGGACUUGGAUGAGCUGGAGGAGUGGAUGAGUCUCCACUCCGGGACGCCUGCCCCACGGGGUGAUCCUGCUACUCGCAAGGCUUGGGCAUGGAAAGGAGCCACUCCCCAGCACAGACUCAAUACUAUCGCCGCAAAAAGGGUCAGAGAGGCCCAAACAUUUGCCCAUUUCUCUUUGCAAGAGGCCGUAGACAACCCGAAGAUGGUUGCUGAGGGGAAAAAGGAAGAACUACCCAUAACCCAUACGUUUGACGGGGAGGACGGACCUUGUCGCGCGGUGAGCGGAGACGGUUACGACCUCGUCUUUCAUUUUCUAGGUGCUGUCAAACCCACCACCCUGGAGCACAUUACCAAUGCAGCUACGCAGUUGUCUAAGGUUGCACCCCCCACCAAGAAGGUGAGCGGGCGAGAAGACCAUGACUUCUGCCCCAAGGGUGGCAUCGUUGGCAUGACCCACAUAUGCCAGUAUUGGCACGCCACAGGCCAUAAGCACCGACCGGGAGGGCCAGGCCUCCACAUGCACCGGACAGUGAAUAGCUAUCGCGGCACAUUCCAGUUUUGGAGAGACACAACCGCUUUGGCAUCUUUGUGUACAGCACUCCUCGAGACGGUAGAUCCUGUCCAGCACAAUCUACUCAAACGUCUGAAGGAGGUUCGCCUGGGGUGCGACGACACCCCUGAGCAGAAGGCUUUUGAGAGUCCAACCCGUAACCUAUUUUGGGAGAACCUCGAAGUCAUCUUCAAUCGCAAGUCGGCUGCUCACUUCGACCUCAGCGACCCGCACUUCGCCUGGGCGUGCAUUGUUUACUUUGGCACGUUCGAACAGGCCUACCUGACAUUCCCCCAACUAGGCCUACAUGUUCGUAUUCGCCCUGGCGAUGUCGUUUUCUUUCGUGGGAGGGAUCUACUUCACCUGGUGGAGGACUGGGGGAAGGGGGAUAGAUAUCUCAUCGUCUACUUCACCCAUGAAGCCGCUUGGGCUGAUUUUGAGAUGGGGGGCCAAUGUGCGUCCGGUAAAGCCCAGUUCAGGGAGACCGCCACCCCUAACACGUUGUCUGGCCAAUGA